UUUUUUUUUUUUUUUUUUUUUUUGUUUUUACAAUAAACACCUUCAUCAAACAGCAUCCAUUGCGUAAAAGUGUUCGUCAUGAGCCAACCAUCGUUAAAAUCAGCAACAAUGACACCCACAUCCCCGUCAUCGGAUGUGACAACAGAGGAUGCUGAUCAUGUAGUCAUACCGGCCAAAACAUUGUUGACAGGGGCAGCAGGAACAUUCGGUGCAGGCAUCCUGGGCGCCAUUGCCUAUACAAAAAGAAAGCAAUCACGGCAUUGGAAGCAGGAUUCAGCUGUGACCACGACGACAAAAACACAUCACCCACUCUCCCCAGGAACAGCAGCAACGACACCCUCGACCCAACUGCCGCCAAAGAUGACAGCAGCAGAAUAUGCAGUGGCAAAAAAAGAAGCCUCUCUCUUUGCUUUUAAAACACUUGGCUACGGCACUUUGUUGGCAUUUACAGGGGCAGGUUUACUGGCCUAUACAGUAAGUUGGUGGCUAGAUGUUCAUAGUUUUAAAGAAUUCUCAAGUAAGCUUCAAACGAUCGUGCCUCAGAAAACCUCCAAACUACGACGCAUGCUGGGAGGAAAACGGUUUGAAAUGACUGUGGAAGAAGAAAAGGAACUGGAAAAGCUGAAUGUUGAAGAUUAAAAAAAAAAAAAAAAAACCCUAAGAAAAGG